AUGCCCCUCUACGCAAAGUUCCUGAAGGAGAUCAUGACAAGAAAAAGCAACUGGGGAGAAAAGGAGACUGUAGUCCUAACUGAGGAAUGUAGUGCCAUCAUACAAAAGAAACUCCCCCAGAAAAUGAAGGACCCAGGGAGCUUCCAAAUCCCCUGCAUCAUAGGGGAUAUCACUAUUGAAAAGGCUUUAUGUGACUUGGGGGCUAGCAUAAAUCUCAUGUCCUUGAACAUGAUGAGUAGGAUGAGAAUUGAGGAAGCCAAACCAAUAAGAAUGGCACUCCAACUAGCUGACAGAACAUUCAAGUUUCCACAUGGAGUGGUGGAAGAUUUAUUGGUGAAGGUGGGAGAAUUCAUCUUCCCAGCUAACUUUGUUGUGAUGGAUAUGGAAGAAGAGGCAAACACUUCAAUUAUCCUAGGAAGGCCAUUCCUAGCUACUACUGGAGCCAUCGUUGAUAUGCAAAAAGGAGAACUAGUCUUGAGAUUACAUGAGGAAAAGAUGGUCUUCAAUGUCUUCAAGGCAAUGAGUUAUCCCAAGGAAGCAAUAGGAGAAUGCAUGAUGGUGGACACCAUAGAACAAAUAGUCCAAGAAGUCUUGGAAGAAGAGCAAUAUGAAGUAAGUAUGGAAUUGGAGCAACAAGCACCACGUGAAGAACCACCACAAGGAACCAUGGAAAGUUCAAUCAUGACAAACCACAAAGACAAGAAUGGAGAAGAGGCACCAAAACUAGAGCAAAAAACCCUACCUCCAAGCUUGAAAUACGCCUAUCUAGGUGACAAGAACACCUACCCAUUGAUCAUCAACUCAAGCUUGUGUAAGGAGCAAGAGAGGAGCUCAUCCAAGUGCUGA